GAAUGACGUCGCAGCCUCCACACCUUCACCAGCUGUUCAGGAUUCACAGGCAGCUCCCGGCUUCAUUUGGCAGAUUUACCAACUGAAGCAUUUGCAGAGACAGACAGGCAGACAAACGAAUGAGGGAUGUUGAUCUGGGAGGAGAAGAGCACCUUGGAAUGGCUUCCAUCAAGGAUUGUUAAACUGUUAGAAUUCUCCAGACUCCUGGUUACUCCCUAUCCUGGCAGAGAUGACAGGAUUCCAGCCUCUGAUAUCCCGAGCAUGAACUCCUCAGAACAUCCUGCAAACCAGUUGCCUGCUAGCUGCAUUAUGGAGGAUUGGAAUGAUGUGGCCCAAACACCUGCUGAUGCUUCCUCUCUCAGAGCUGGACUACUGCACAAUGCCAACAACAAUGCUUCCUCAGGGCCUUGGCGAGCCCUGAAGAGCCCUUCCCUUUCUUCUGCUGUCUCCCACUCCAAACUAAGCUAUCUGGAACGUGUGGUGUUGGAGAUUGUGGAGUCGGAACGCAUGUAUGUGCGGGACUUGCGAAAUAUUGUGGAGAAUUACUUGGGGAAGAUCAUAGACACUCAGGAGCUGCUGCUGAGACCAGAACAAGUCAGUGCACUCUUUGGGAAUAUUGAGGAUAUCUAUGAGCUGAAUAGUGAGCUCCUGCAGGACCUGGACAGUUGCCACAAUGACCCUGUUGCCGUGGCAAGAUGUUUUGUGGACAGGAGCCAAGACUUUGAUAUCUACACUCAGUACUGUAACAACUACCCAAAUUCCGUGGCAGUUUUGACUGAAUGCAUGAGGAACAAACAGCUGGCCAAGUUCUUUCGCGAGCGGCAAGAACAAAUCCGCCACUCAUUGCCCCUUGGAUCCUACCUCCUCAAGCCUGUCCAGCGCAUCCUCAAAUAUCACCUGCUCCUUCAGGAGAUAGCGAAGCACUUUGACUUAGAAGAGGAUGGCUAUGAAGUAGUAGAAGAGGCCAUUGACACCAUGACCUGCGUGGCUUGGUACAUCAAUGACAUGAAACGGAAACAUGAACAUGCUGUGAGGCUUCAGGAAAUUCAGUCGUUGCUUAUUAACUGGAAGGGCCCAGACCUCACUACUUAUGGAGAGCUAGUCCUGGAGGGUACCUUCCGUGUCCAUCGGGUCAGGAAUGAGAGAACAUUUUUCUUGUUCGACAAGAUCUUACUGAUAACAAAGAAGCGAGGUGAUCACUAUGUGUACAAGAGCCACAUACCAUGCUCCUCCCUGAUGCUGAUUGAAAGCACCCGAGACUCACUCUGCUUCACAGUCACCCAUUACAAGCACAGCAAGCAGCAGUAUAACAUCCAGGCCAAAUCCGGGGAGGAGAAGCGUGUUUGGACUCACCACAUUAAGCGUCUGAUCCUGGAAAACCACCAUGCCAUCAUCCCUCAGAAAGCCAAAGAAGCCAUCUUGGAAAUGGACUCAUUCUAUCCUUCUCGCUACAAAUAUAGUCCAGAGCGGCUGAAGAAGUCCUGGUCAUACCAACCUGCAGAAGAUAUUCCUCAACAUUCCCGACAGGGACGCCGGCAAUCAGAACCCUUCCAUGGCAAAAAUAGUGCUGAGAAGCUCCUAGAUGGACUCCACAGCUCUGCUUUGCCAGGGCACAAAGGUCGCAGAAAAUCUGAGCCAACAAAACAGAUCCUCAAGCAACUGAGCAACAAAGGACUAAAGCAUGCAGAUAGUGAUGGAGCCCUUUUGGAGUUUGGGGAGCCCCCAAAGCCCUCCAGCAGCUUGCCCCAGCAGGAGGAGGAGGAGCAGCAGCAGCAACAGCAGCAGACACUUCCCCAGGAGUCUCUGGAAGAGUUGGCUGAAAGUGAUGGCAGCGAGAACGAGAUGGGGCCAGAGGAAGAGGAUGAAGCUGAGGAAGAGGAGGAGAGGCUGGUAGGAACGGAGCAGGUGGCAGACUUUGCAAGCUCCUUGAUGGCAGUCCUCCACUGCUGGCACUAUCGGGCCAACGCUUUGCUUUUCUCCAGGGGCAGCACGGGCAAGGGCCACAAGGCACAGGAAGGGCCCAAACGAUGCCAAUCUCCAGGCAGCAGUGAGAAAAAUAGGAUCAUGGAGACUGCCUUAUCUGUCCCAAAGGCUCGAUCAGCCAUGGAGCUUGACAGGGUGUCGGAGAUUUCUCCCCAUAAGGAAGAGUGUCCAGAAGAGAGUCCUUCGGAUCCCGAAUCGAUAGGGCCUCUGGAGCCACUCUUGACAAACCAACACGGAGCCUGGGAUCAGUCUUCCAAUGGCCUGGUGCCCACUGAAAGCACAGAGGAGCUGAAGCCGCUUAGUAGCGAGGAGGAGGAGGAGGAGGAGGAUAGAAGUGCACCCCAGCCCAGAAGCAUCCUCCCUCUCUCUGUGCUGGAUCAGGCCAGUAUCAUUGCUGAGCGUUUUGCCAGCAGUCUCUCUCGGCGUAGCAGCCUGGCCCUUGAGGAGGGGAAGGGCUACCUGACCCCCAAGCAGGCCAGCCGGAGCGGCAGCGUUCUGAGCCUGGAUGGCAGCGAGAAGGCCUUGUGCCGCAACAGCAGCACCAGCGACUCACAGGGCUGCAGCCUGCAGCAAGAGUCCUCGGCAGAGCCUGCCAGUGCCCGUGGAGGGAGCACCUCUGCUGGCCUGCUUGAGACGGAUCGCACCUCUUGCAGGCGGAAAGAGUCCAUGCUGAGCCAGCAGGACCGGUUGCUGCUGGACAAGAUCAAGAGCUACUAUGAUUACGCUGAGCACCAGGAUGCUGGCUUCAGUGUCAGGCGGAGGGAGAGCCUGUCCUACAUCCCCAAAGGGCUGGUGAGGAAUUCUGUCUUCAGAAUCAACAGCCUUCCCCAGCCAGAGUCUGAGCAGGAGGCGCUGAAGAAGAAGAGGCUGGGCCCCUCUGUUAGCAGCGGAGCCGGUCGGACAGCAGCCUGGGUGCUGUCCAAUAGGACUGCUGUGGGGUCACAGGCCCCCCACUCGGAGCCGGUCUUGGAGGAAAAUCCUGCGCCCAUCACUGAUGCAGUAUUCAGGCCACCUGCCGAGAUGAUUAAAGUCUGGGAGGAGAUGGAGAAGCCGAGCCGAGAGUUCUGGAGUGGGAGGCUGGAAGGCGGCACUAGGGCAGGCAAGGCAAAUGGGCAGGGGGCCGUGGGUGCUUCUCUGCGGCAUGCAGAGCCUUCUCUGAAAGACAGGAGCCAGGAGAAUGGCUUGGAGCUUCAUGAGCCACUUCUCAUCCUGGAGGAUGAGGAUCUUGGGGCCAUCACAGAGGAGUCCACUGUCCCCUCCCCUGAGAGCAAGUCACCCAUGGAGCGGGCUGUGCCCUCUAGGUUGCCCUGGAAGUUAGUGCAAGAGCUAGGUGGUUGUGAACAAGACCAGUAUCUUCCUCGGCUGCACCCUCAUAUCAUGCAGCUGGCCCACCUGAGUGAAGCAGAGCUGACAGAGAAGAUGAAGAACAAGGUGUACCAGCUGGCCCGUCAGUACAGUCUCCGAAUCAAGGGCCACAAACCCACAGUACACAGGCGGCUUGCUGAAGUGGAGGAGGAGAUGAAGGCCAAUGCCUUGACUGGCCAGCAGGAGGCAGUUAAAGGCAAGGGCAAGUGGAAGCCAGCCUUGACCCUCCUCAACUACGAGCAAGUUGUGCUGCAGGAGUCCAGCCCACUGUCCUUGCUCUCCUCCUCGUCACAGGAGAAGUCGCCCAAGCGCUUCUCUUUCAGCCCCCACUCCAGCAGCCCUCGGCUUUCUUCCCCCACCAAUACUGUAUCACACAGUCCCCUCAGCCCCAUUGUAGCCGAGAAGUUCCACUGGCCCGAUGUGCAGGAGCUGAAGUCCAAGUAUUCCUGUCGAGCUGGGCCUCAGAACUGCAGGCCCCAGCCAGUCAACAGGAGUCGUUCGGCACCUGAAAAAAUGGUGGACACUAGUAGAAGGAAUGUGAAAACAGGAGAGAAUUCCCAGCAGGAGGGGAGACACAGCUGCAGGAGGGAGGCCCCAUCUGACUCCACCCCCAAGGACCAUGCCUGUGAUGCUCACAAGCAAUUCUGUGUUAUGGCCAAGGCCUCCCUGGAGAACAGUCAGCAGGUGAUAGUCAUGGAGAAGCUGCUGGAUGUUACUGGUGAACCUGAUGAGAGUUAUGUGCAGAUUCGGUCCCCUACAUCCCGAGAGAAGAUCUCUCUCAAGGCUGUGGUGGAGCGGUGCAAGGCCUACCAGGACUCGGAAGAGUACCGCAGGCGUGAGGAGGACAUUCAGGAAGCAGCUGCCCAGAAAGCACUUCAGCAAGUCUGCCGGGAGAAAACAGAUAGCAGCCAGCAGAGCCUGGUCAAGAACCUGAGGGAGAAAUUCCAGACCCUGAACUCCAACACCUGAGCAUCUAUUGCUGCCACAUCACUAAGUCCUGCUCUCUUGAAAGUACUUGAGGAUAUCCCAGUCAUCUCCUCCAGCUUUUUGGGAGGGGGGAGGUCUGUACAGCAGUCUGAUCCUCCUGCAGGGAUUGCUCCUCCUCCUCUUUUCUGCAUAUGCACCGCCUCCUACCCAUGUGGACAACUAACUGCCCUGAUCUUCUGGGAAGCUACAUCUUGGAAUGAGUUCUCUGUUCCGUCUUUGUGCAUUCUGAGCAGGGUUCCACCUCUUUUGAAACAUUUAAGCAACUUCAACAAGGUGUCAUCUUGCUGCAGGCCUGCUGUGGCAGCGCCAUUGGGCAGUGUGCUUUUAAUACACCUCCUGGAAGCCUGGAGUUUUCUUCUAGAGCAGGCAUGCCACAAAUCAGCUGCUUAUAUACUAUGUACUGAAGAAAGGUGCAUUCAGGACCAGGCACGGCUGGGAAUUCCCUGCUUUGUCAAGCCAGCGCAGGAAGAGUGAGCCUUUUACUGUGCAGUCUCAUAGGAGAAUAAGUUAUUGUUCCAUGACCUUUUUAAAAAAAGAAUGUAAUUUUACUGUGGUUGGGAGUUUUGAUUGGUUCCAGGCCUCCCAGUCUAAGAAUAUAUAAUCUAAUAAUAUUGGUUGUGUACACAUUUCAGUCUGUAUGUACUGUGCAAUAACCACUUUUGACUAGAGAA